AUGAAGUUCUUCGAAAACAAUUUCACCUAUGACUAUUCCUUUCCGGCCGUCUCCCUUGCCUACUUCCUCCGAUACCCCAAUCCUUACUCGCGCCAUGUGCUCACAACCGAUGUCAUUGAUCGAUAUGUCGACCCGAAGACCGAACGUCUACACACCAUCCGCCUGCACCUGAAGAAAUCAAAGGUGCCAUCUGGUAUCCUCAAGCUACUGCCCAAGGGCAUGGGUGGCUCUGACAACUCCGGUCAAAGUUACAUUCUCGAGAAGACCACCGUCGAUGCCAAAGAGGGCUGGAUGGAGACGGAGUCUCGCAACAUGGAAUGGACCGGUAUCCUGAGCGUGGUUGAGAAACAACACUACCAGCGCCACCCAUCCGAGAUCGCCCUAGAGGGUCUGGCCGUGGACCAGACUUCCGAGCAGACAACCGUCAAAACCACCGUUACCUUCCGGUCCCGUCUGGGACAGGGCAAGCUUCUCGGGCGUAAGAAGCAAGAAACUGGCGAUAACGAAGAGGAAGAGCCACGCAAAGGAUUCUUUUCCUCCCUGUCCACUGCCGGAAUCCAGCGAACCAUUGAGCUGAUCGGUGUCAGCCGGACCAAAGAGGCUGUCCUGAAAAGCAAGCAGGGCAUGAACAUCGUGCUUGAGCGCAUGCGCAGCGGGGGCGUCGUCGGUGUUCUGGAAGGAAUGCGACAGGACCGCGAGGCUGCUUUCGGGCCCGAGGGACCAUGGAAGCGCGUGUGGCUGCAGGGCAAGGAUCGGUCUAUCGACAAUGACAAGGCAUGA